UGGACUUGUCCCGAAGCUUUCAACUGAAAAUAUUAGAAAUCUUAAUGUACUUUUAGGCUAAGCCAAACUCUGAAGACAUAUUUGAUUAAGUGUUAAAUUAAGCUAAAUGGCAGCGAGUGUAGGAUUGCCCAUUAAUCCGCCGCACGCGACAGAAGAAAGGGCGGUUUUCACGCAGCUGAAGCCGGUGAGGUUGUCGGGAGCGGACGGCGCGGAGGACUCGUCCGUGUUUGAGGACGUCAAACCCGCGACUCGACUGGAGAUGGACAAAUACCUCCCCCAGGUCAACAGUCCUCUCUUGAGUCCCAUGAUAGACACUUGUGACAAGAAGUACAGACGAGAGAGCGCCUCCGUGGUCGAUGAGUACUUCUCAGAUGAGAAACCCGGCACCCCUUACAGCCUUAACAUCAACGUCAUCCUUCCCAGUACCACUCACCUUCGCACAGGCCUCUACCGGCCCAACACCAAGACCCUCACACCCCAGCAAAUUAAGAUAGAACCUGGAUUGGAGGUGCCCUGCUCCAUCCCCACCACCGCCACCCAGGCGUUGCCGGACUUCACCUCCGUCUUCAGUGUGCCGCCUGUAGUCAACAACGUUUUCAUCAAACCAGACAUGAGCUCUGACGGAGUGGUCAGCGUAGCCACAGGGUCCCAGCAGCAGCAGAAUUUAGACACAGAGCUUCACAUCGGACCCCCUGCUCCCCAACCGCAGGUCUACCACAUGCCCAUCAGCAGCUGUUCCGACCUCACCAUGACCCUGUCGCACACCAGCCCGGCAGCAUCCAGUUCCAGCGGCAGGACCAUGCUGAACCUCAGCAGCGCCACAUUGCCUACAACAAAUGGAAACUACAUGAUGGCAGAGCACCAGCUACCGCAGCAUCAUCAGCAUCACGGUUACUAUCAGGCCUCAAUGACCAACUCAUCCCAGCACACGGCCCCCCAUAGCCUGCCACCCUCGCCCCCAAACUCCCAACCAGGGAGCCCAGACGGUCAAGCUGAGCUGCUCAGCUUAGCAAACCAGCCUCCACCUCCAUACCAACAGCGUCUGGCAGGGCUAAAGGUGCAAGGGUUGUCUCCUCACGCCAUGCUGAUGACACACGGCCAGGGCGUCCUGACGGGUCCCAAAUACAACAGGCGGAACAACCCUGAGCUGGAGAAGAGGAGGAUCCACUUUUGUGACUACCCAGGCUGCACUAAAGUUUACACAAAGAGCUCUCAUCUGAAGGCACACCAGAGGACACACACAGGCGAGAAGCCCUACCGUUGUACAUGGGACAACUGCGACUGGCGUUUCGCCCGAUCGGACGAGCUCACCAGGCACUACCGGAAACACACCGGAGCCAAACCUUUCAAAUGUGUCGCCUGCAGCCGCUGCUUCUCACGCUCCGACCACCUUGCCCUGCACAUGAAACGCCACCAGAAUUAACACAGACAUACCUUUUAUAUACAAACACACAUAAGCACACACAAAUAGAGCAGUAUCCACACACGACAGCCCACCUGAACCUGAACAGCGUUAAAGGAAUCAUGAACAGAUACAGCCCCAAAAUCAUCCCUGCGGACCUGUGGUUUUGUUCUGGUGCUCCCAACAAAUGCAGCUAGUGGUGUUUUUGAAGGUGGGAAGCCAGUGAAGGGAUUGUGUCUUUGUCUCUGCACUUGCAACACGUGCUGGUUGGUUCCUGUUCAGUGGAUGAGUCUGAGGGAGAAAGAGUGAGCUCUCGUUACACUUUAUGAUCUCCUGGUGAAACUCCUCUCUGGCGAGGGAAAGAAGCAGAUGUGGCACAGGGUUCACCUGGUAGUUUACACCUUCUAUAGGCCAACGGGAAUCUGAUGUGAACAGUGACAGUUGUAGUGGAGAUGGCCACCCACCUAGAGCCCGGUUCUGCUCAAGGUUUCUUCCUGUUGAAAGGGAGUUAGUACUUGCACAAAAGGGAACGUUGAGUACAGUCUAGACCUGCUCUAUGUGAAAGUGCCUUGAGAUAACUUCUGUUGUGAUUUAACGCUAUAUAAAUAAAACUGACUUGAAUUGACUCCUGUUCAUACUGAUCAUUAGGAGAUCUUUCCUAAAGCGCUUACGGUCCUUGUUUUGUGCAAAAAAAGUAUUUAAAUAUCUAUUUGAACCUAAUAUGAAGCUUCAGCAGCCCAAAUUAGUCAA